AGACCAAUAAAAGAAGCCCCUAGUUGCAGACACAGAAAGAUCAAAAAUCAAAACGCAUUGAAAUUGAAAUUGAUACUGAAACUGAAAGAUAGAGAGAGAAAGAGAGAGAGAGAGUAGAGACAGAAGCUGUGUCCGCGUGGGUUAGACUCAUUUCAGAUAGAGAUUUAGAGAGAGAGAGAGGAGAGAGAAAAUCCAACCUCAUUUUCUCUCUCUACAACCAACUUCCAUUUGAUCGGAACCUCUCAUUCUAGAUUACCGUGCAAUGGACCAUUAUCCCCGGUCCGUUGAGCCUUCUCGCUCUGAUCCGUCGCCGGAAUGGACCGGACCCGACCCCCAGACCGGUCUCGAAGAACCUAUGUGGCAAUUGGGGCUAGGUGCUGGAGAGGAUUCGUAUCCACUACGACCCGAUGAAGCUGAUUGCACUUACUAUUUGAGAACAGGCUUCUGUGGCUUUGGUUCUAGGUGUCGGUUCAACCAUCCUCGUGACCGUAGCGCGGUUAUUGGAGCUGCUUCUAGGAUUGUAGGAGAGUAUCCAGAACGUGCAGGCCAGCCUGUGUGCCAGUAUUAUAUGAGGACAAGAUCUUGCAAAUUUGGUGCGUCUUGCAAGUACCAUCAUCCUAGACAGGCAGGAGGCACUGAUGCUAGUCCUGUGUCACUAAAUUAUUAUGGAUAUCCACUACGUCCGGGUGAAAAGGAGUGUUCCUAUUUUGUGAAAACAGGACAAUGCAAGUUUGGUGCAACUUGUAAAUUUGAUCAUCCAGUUCCUCCUGGUGUCCAAAUUCAAGCUCCAUCACCUGUUCCCCCAGUUUCACCUUUACAUGUACAAGUACCUGCCCCAAUAUAUCCAACCGUACAGCCUCCAUCUGGUCCUUCAUCACAACAAAUUGGUGUACUGGUCGCUAGGCCACCUCUACUACCUGGUUCGUUUGUCCAGAGCCCUUAUGGACCUGUAGUAUUGUCCCCAACCAUGGUCCCCUUUUCUGGCUGGAGUCCUUAUCAGGCUACUGCAACGAGCCCUGUACUUCCUUCUGGCAAUCCUGCUAAUGUUAGUUCCACACAGCUUUAUGGCAUAAGCCAGCUACCUUCACCAGGUAAUGCCUAUACCGGACCUUAUCAACCUUCUGCUUCCUCGGUUGGUCCUUCAAGCAGAGGUCAUAAUGAGCAGUCGUUUCCAGCUAGGCCUAAUCAACAAGAAUAUCAUUAUUACUCUAAACCAGAGGAGCUUUCAUUUGGUCCAUCAUAUAGGUAUAACCAACCUCCAGACAUGAGUGCACAAAAAGCGAAUGUUGUCCUUGGUCCUGCAGGUCUUCCUUUACGCCCGGGGGCAGCACCUUGCGCUCAUUACACACAGCGUGGUAUAUGCAAAUUUGGUCCCACAUGCAAAUUUGAUCAUCCUAUUGCAUCACUGAGUUACAGUCCAUCUGCUUCUUCCCUGACUGAUGUGCCAGUUGCACCACACUUUGUGGGUUCAUCUGUUGGUACUCUUGUUCCUUCAUCUUCUUCAUCAGAAUUGCAGCCGGAACUUACCACAGUAUCCAGUGGAGAAUCUGUUCCAUCCAGAAUACCUUCAUCAGCUAGCACUACAACUGGAUCAGUUGGCUUGAAUUUGUCAACUGGAGGCCCUGUUUCUCAAUCCAGCACGCGGAGUUCUAGUCCGUUACCAGCUGCCAACACCACAAGUAGUAAUGUCUCUCACACCUCAAGUUAAGAAAUCUGAAUGCAUACAUCAUCAUUACUCCUUUUUUUUUCUUUUAAAUCUCAAUUCUUCAACCAGAUAUCAUUAUUCAAGGAGAGGUCCUCAAAUAGGUUUUUUUGUUCUCCCUCCCAGUUAUAUCCCAGUUCCAUAUUCAGAUCUAGCACACUUCACACUUCACACUGAUUAUCUUUAUGUUCAUAAAUCUUUAUCGUGGCCAUUCCUUUGAUCUUGAAUAAACUAUGGCCAACCAUGAGAAUUUUAGCAACCCAUACACUGCCUUGCUUUAGAAUAACUCCUAAAGAAUCUGCAAUUCCAUUGUGCACAUGUCCAUCCACAUCUCCAAUUUUUGGAGUCUGUUGUGCUUAUUUAUGCUUCAAUCUUCUUUCAUAUGAGAACAUUCUGUCCAGACUUUCAUUGACCGUGUGUUUCGCCUCUUCACCUGAACCUUUUUUUGAAUUAGGUAACAAUUUUCCAUUUCUGUUUUGGAAGUCCUAUUCAAUACUUCCCAGCUUGUAUCUAUAGGGUUUACUGUGAAGAGAAAUAAUCAGGAGACUGCAAUGAGGCUUCACAUUGUUAUCUUAUAUGGUUUGUAAUUUUUGGAUACACUUUGUUGUUGUGACAAUCAAAAGCUUGACUUGGUAUUUGAAUUUAUUCUGGAACACGGAUAUGAAGAAACACAUUUCAAUA